AUGAGGCCUGCCUUCCACGAUCUCCACGAAACUACAGACAUUUUGACUCGAUUUCACUCGCUAUCCAAUACCAAAAUGAAGCUUUCCUCCCUCUUCCUCGGAGGGCUGGCUUGUGCUGUUUCCGGCUCUUAUGCCGCCUCCCUCGCCCCGAAUGCGCCUUACUGCAGUCUAGGCGCCGCCUGUGAAGAUACUCCGCAGGACUGCUCGGAUCUGGGGGCAACUGGAACAGAGUUGGUAUGUAUCUUACUGCGUCAUAAUUUUAACGUUUAUUUUACCAGUGCAGGGGAGAAAUUGGCCAUCUUCGAGCCCAAGCAAGGCCAAUACGUCCGCCUGGUGUCCCUCGGCAGCAAUGUGGCCAGUAUCUCGGAGCUGAACAUUUAUGAUGGUGACGACCCCAAAACCGUCGCCAACGGAGGUGCCUGGGGCGCUACCAUUGACUUGCCUGUUGUGGCUGUCUCAGGCGCUGUCAUCCCUGAAACAAAGGUCCUCGUCUGGUCAUCAUGGGCGAAAGACGACUACCUUCACUCUCCUGGGUACACGCUCACGGCCAUCUGGAAUAUGGCCGACGGCACGGUCACCCAGCAUAAGGUCCAAGAGACACGCCACGACAUGUUCUGCUCUGGCAUGUCUUACGAUGGCAAGGGUGAAUUGCUUGUCACUGGGGGCAACGACGAUCAGCUGACUAGCAUAUAUGACCCAGCCUCCGGCAACUGGACUGAAGGUUCUAUUAUGAUUAUUGGCCGCGGCUAUCAAGCCUCUGCAACCCUUGCCGAGGGUCGCGUGUUUCUAAUCGGUGGCUCCUGGAACGGAGGUACGAAUUACGAUAAAGACGGCGAGGUCUACGAUCCUGAUACCGACUCAUUCAGCUUCCUAAAAAAGGCUAUAGUGAAGCCCAUGUGGACGGACGAUCAUGACUCUGGUUACCGCCGCGAUAGUCAUGGCUGGCUCUUUGGUUGGAAGAAGGACACUGUGUUCCAAGCCGGACCUAGCAAGAAUAUGAACUGGUAUUAUACACACGGAGAUGGUGACCAGAAGCCUGCAGGAACACGCGCCAAAGCCAAUGAUUCUAUGUCUGGUAACGUGGUGAUGUUCGACGCAGUGAACGGCAAGAUCAUCACCUUUGGCGGCUCGCCCUCUUACCAAAACUCGUAUGCCACGACAGAUGCCUAUCUCAUUGAGAUCAAAGAGCCAGGCUCUGAACCCAAGGUGACCGCAGCAAAGAACCCCUCCGGAGAGGGCAUGGCCUACGCCCGCACAUUCCACACUUCGGUGGUUCUUCCUGAUGGUGGUGUCUUCACUACCGGUGGACAGUCAUAUGGCGUCCCCUUCAACGACAGCAACGCACAUUUGACGCCCGAGUUGUAUGAUCCUAAGACCAACGAGUUCCCCAAACAGAAACCCAACAGUAUCAUUCAGGUAUACCACAGCAUUUCCCUCCUGCUUCCUGAUGGCCGUGUCUCCAACGGCGGCAGUGGUCUGGGUGUCUCAGCCCCUACCAACCAUUUCGAUGCGCAGAUUUACAGCCCCCACUAUCUGUUCAAUGAGGACGGCACAUUCGCUACCCGUCUCACUAUCGACGGUGUGGCCAAGAAGACCCUUCGUGUCGGCGAGAAGAUCAGCAUCAGCGCCAGUAUAAAUGUCAAGAACGCAUCUCUGAUCCGCUACGGUACGACCACCCAUACUGUCAACACCGAUCAGCGCCGCGUUUGUCUUGGAUUCAUGGACCGCGAAUGGAGAUUCAUAUAA